UUGGCUUCGCUCAUCAUCGACUUUGUGUUUUCAUUUUCGGUACUUUCUACCUGACAUCAUGUUCCUCCUGUGCCGACGACCGCGCAUCCCUCUCCUGCGAGCCAAUCCUGCUUGCUCGCGUUGCCUUCAACCUCCAUUGAGGGCACCAUUUCCCAGGCUUCUCAGUACGCAGCCCGCUCAUCCGACGGAUCCAGCGAAAAGCGAUUCGUCUCGGCGAUAUACUAUUGCCGUAUUGCUUUCUACAGCGAUAGCCAGUAGCGCGCUCGGAUAUCUUUUUGCGAAGCGCCAGACGAGCGCAACUCCAACUUCGCUCGCCGACUCUCACGAAAACCGCAGCUUGACAGGCACUCCAGCCGUCAACGACGACAAAGAAGGCUACGGCUCGCCAGAGGACUUCCAGAGGGCAAUUAAUGAGCUCCGGGAUGCUUUCGGAGACGAUCUCGUCUCCACCGAGCCAGACGUCUUGCUUCAGCAUGGGAUGUCCCCGUAUCAGCAGGAGCCUGGCAAACCCCACGCCGUCGUCGUAUCUCCUCGGUCUACGGAAGAGGUCGUCAAGAUAGUCAAGAUUGCCACAAAGUACAGAAUGCCGGUCGUACCCUACGGAGGUGCUACGGCCAUCGAGGGUCAUUUUCACGGAGCGAGUGCAUCUGGUCACCCGCCGGGAAUCUGCGUUGACCUUCAUUUGAUGGAUAAGGUGCUAGCGAUUCACGAGGCGGACUCGGACAUCGUUUGCCAGGCGGGGGCGAAGUAUCUGGAUGUCAACAAUAUGCUGAAGGAGCGAGGUAUUCCAUUGUUCAUACCACUAGAUCCUGGACCUGGCGCGACCCUCGGCGGCAUGCUCAGCACUGGAUGCUCGGGCACAAAUGCAGUUCGCUACGGGACAGCGAAAGGGGAAUGGUUUUUGAACGCGACCGUCGUCCUUCCCUCGGGUGAGGUUAUCAAGACGCGCCGGCGAUCCCGAAAGUCAGCCGCAGGUUUUGACCUGACGAAGCUGUUCAUCGGUGCAGAGGGGACGCUGGGUAUCGUUACCGAGGUGACGAUUCGGUUGGCGCCAGUGGUGCCUUCCACUGUCGCCGUGGUCCAUUUUCCCGACCUGCGUAAAGCCACACAGGCAGUCAUUGAAGUGAUGAACCAAGGUGUCGGUAUUCAAUGCGUCGAGCUCCUCGACGACCUCUACAUUCACGCCAUCAAUGAGCACGGCGCGGGUUCGCAUAAGUGGCCUGAAAAGGAUACGCUGUUCUUCAAGUUCCAGGGUCGAACGCCCACAGCUCUUCAGGACACCGCCGACACGGUGCAGAAAGUGGUCGAGAAGUACGGGGGCCAUGGAUGGACGAUGGCGGCGAACGAGCGAGAAGCGGACGAAAUCUGGGCAGAUAGGAAGAACGCGCUGUUCGCUGGGCUGGCGCUGCUUCCGGGGAGUACGGGUUGGAGUACGGACGUUUGCGUACCGGUCUCGCACCUUUCGCAGCUCAUCUACGAGACGAAGGAAGACCUAAAGCAGACUGGAUUGACCGCGGCUGUCAUCGGGCAUGUCGGGGAUGGGAACUUCCAUUCCCUCAUGCUGUUCCGGAACGACGAAGAGCUCGCCCUCGUCCGGGAUGCGGUGCACAGAAUUACCAGGCGGGCUAUUGCGCUCGACGGGACUUGUACGGGUGAGCAUGGCGUGGGCAUCGGAAAGCGGAAAUAUCUAGUGGAGGAGCUUGGAGAGGGCACAGUGCGCUUGAUGAAGACCAUUAAGGACAGCAUUGACCCGCUCAACCUCUUCAACCCUGGAAAGCUCUAUCCGGAUUUGCCUCCAAGCCACAAGUCUUGCGUAGAAGCAUCGUAGAAAGAGACUUCGACCGUGUGCUUGACUUCCAUAGAAAAGGAUAGGCGGAGACGUCUUGCUCUAUAUUGCAUUGAUUACGGGAGCGUUGUUGGAGGCUGCAUAACGGC